AUGAAUGGAGCGGAUGUAAAUCUGUCUGGCCUUGUUUUGCAUGUGAUGUUUCGCGUCAUCUGUUUGAUGAUCGAUACAGAAGAUCAGUUGGAAACUAUUGGUGAUUAUAAGGUUGCUGUAGAAGGGUCUUCGGCUCCUUCUCAGCAAUCAGCUCCUGCUGCUGUUCCUUCUCCGACCCCUGCUCCGCAUUCUACUGCUUCGAAGCCCUCUACGGCUCUUCCUCAUCAGCCUGAUGGUGGUUUUCAGUGUUACUGCCUUCUUGGAUAUUUCUUUUUUUACCGUUGUAUCACAAAAGAUCUGCAAGUCGCGAUUUGUGCCUUGGUGCUAACCUUUGUGUUUAAAUGCGCCGCAAAGCAUUCUUUACCACGCAGGUUUAUGAAAGGAGAAAUUUCAAGAGGAAGAGUUUUUGUUGAAGAUGUUGAAUACAGAGAUAUACACAUACUUAAAUCUGCAAGGUUCGCCAGACAUGAUUCUUAUGAGGAUGUUGUGAAGUUCACAGAUUCUUACGAAGUUUUUUCCUCCAUUGAGUUGUGGGAGGAAAUAAAUAGAAACCUUGAAGCCAACGAAAAGCAGGAUGCUCCUGUCAAGAAGGUUUCAUUGAACGAUUUCGUGAUCAAAUUAAGCUUAAUUACUAGCUCGUCACUUUCGCAAUCAAGUAACAUCUUGGAAUUACGGAGCAGAUUUCCAAUGAAUCUGGACAUGCACGCCGCAGCAUUGGCAUCAAAGAAGGAAGCACAGGAGAACAGUUCUUGGACUGGAGAAAUAAGAGAUAUCACUGUGGAUAACUGUUUUGCAGUUCAGAAUGAACAUGGGCUUAUAGUUCCUAUGAUAUGGUGUUGGCUAAAAACUAAUCAAGCUCAGGCUUGCAUCGUCGCUGAGGGCACCACUUUAAAACGGGUGUGUCCCGGAGUAGACUUGGGAGAUUUUGAGCUAGGCACUAUUAUGACUUUCACCCUCAGCUGUGAUCAUCGUGCUAUUGAUGGUGCAGUGGGAGCACAAUGGCUUGGUGCAUUCAAAGGCUUUGUUCAGGAUCCAGUUACUCUAAUGCUUUGA